GCUUUUGCCAAAGCCCACGUCAAAGCUGUCAUUCUCGUCGGGCGUUCGGAAUAUCGUCUCACGAGCACAAAGGAAAGGUUCGAUAAGAUGUACCCAGAGGUGGAGUUUGUCGUUAUCGCCAUCGAUGUUGGUAUACCGGAGAGCGUCCAAGACAUGUUCAACAAGUUGAAGGUCAAGUUUAGUCACAUUGAUGUCUUAAUCCAUAACGCCGGGGUACUCAAUGAUUACGGUAACAGAGUCGGAGAAACUGACGUCGACAAGUUUUGGUACGAUACGGUAGCGACGGUCAUCACCUCUAGUACUUUGAUCAACGAAGAACUCACCGGUAUGACGGCCUAUCUGGUUAGCAAACUCUCAGCGGCCAAAUUAGUCCAGAUUUUGAACGCUGGAGUCGUCGAAACGGAAAUGCUACUGGAUUCCUUCCGACCGAUAGCUUUCGACAAACCCACCUUGAGUGCGGCCUUGUCUGUGUUGAGUGGUUGCGAGAGAUUCAAUCCGGCUACUGAUUAUUGUGAAGGGAAA